AAAGAAAACCAGAAUUCGAAGAAGAGACAACUCAUCAGAAUUACAGAUAAGACACAGCCAGCCUUGCUACAGCUUUGUAAGCAUUUUCCAUUUUCCAAGCACUUCUCUCGUUUCCAUUCCACUCACUGUUUCACUUCGUUCUCCUUAUUCAACACGUUACGUACCUCGAGUUUCUUUUAUAACUGCACACACUUCAUCAUCGAUCGUCAGAUCUCGUUCUGAUCGGCGAUCGGAGUAAUGGACGGUUACGAUGGAACGGUUAGGCUCGGUGCCAUUCACCUGAAGCACAACGAUCGCGCCGCCGGCGACUUUGACUCCGGCCCCGACGUCUCCGUUUCUUCUCCGGUCACGCGGCAGAAAGCCGCCGCUGCUAAGCAAUUCAUCGAGAAUCAUUACAAGAAUUAUCUUCAAGGUUUGCAGGAUCGCAAGGACAGACGUAGAGCACUUCAAAGGAAAGUGCAGGAAUCUCAAGUAUCAGCUGAAGAGCAGGAGGAGAUGAUGAGGAAUUUGGCGCGCAGAGAAACUGAGUACAUGAGGCUUCAGAGACGGAAGAUUGGAAUUGACGACUUCGAGCAAUUGACGGUGAUUGGUAAAGGUGCUUUUGGUGAGGUGAGGUUAUGUCGCGCUAAAGAUACAGGAGAGAUUUUUGCCAUGAAGAAAUUGAAGAAAUCAGAUAUGCUUAGCCGUGGACAGGUAGAACAUGUACGAUCUGAGAGGAACUUGCUGGCAGAGGUUGAUAGCAGAUGUAUAGUAAAACUUCAUUAUUCAUUCCAAGAUUCGGAUUUCCUAUAUCUCAUCAUGGAAUAUUUACCUGGAGGUGACAUUAUGACAUUGUUAAUGAGAGAAGAUAUCCUUUCUGAAGAUGUUGCUCGUUUCUACAUUGCUGAAAGCAUUCUUGCGAUCCACUCAAUACAUCAACACAACUAUGUACAUAGGGAUAUAAAACCAGAUAACCUGAUACUGGAUAAAAAUGGCCAUUUGAAGCUUUCAGACUUCGGCUUAUGUAAGCCUCUUGAUGAUAAGUAUUCAACAAUUUUAUUGGAAAACGAAGAUUUUACUGAUCAAGAAUCAACUAGUGAAUUUUCUGCCUCACCUUGGUUGAUGCCAAAGGAACAAUUACAACAGUGGAAACGUAACCGCCGAGCAUUGGCAUAUUCAACCGUUGGAACUCUUGAUUAUAUGGCACCUGAAGUUUUGCUCAAGAAGGGAUAUGGAAUAGAAUGUGAUUGGUGGUCUCUUGGGGCAAUCAUGUAUGAGAUGCUUAUUGGCUACCCUCCAUUUUGUUCUGACGAUCCAAGGAUGACUUGCCGUAAGAUUGUUAACUGGAAAACAUGCCUGAAAUUCCCCGAUGAACCCAAAAUAUCAGCUGAGGCUAAGGAUCUGAUCUGUCGCUUACUGUGUGAUGUUGACACAAGACUAGGAACCAGGGGAGCAGAAGAAAUGAAGGCUCAUCCAUGGUUCAAGUGUACUCAGUGGGACAUGCUUUAUGAAAUGGAAGCUGCAUUUAAACCUACAGUCAAUGGAGACUUGGACACACAAAACUUUGAGAAGUUUCCAGAUGUAGACGGCCCACCAUCUUCAACAACAACCGUGGGACCUUGGCGAAAGAUGCUGACAUCCAAAGACAAUAAUUUCAUUGGAUAUACUUAUAAGAAGUCAGACAUCCUUAAAUCACUUGAAAGUUCAGAUGCAGAUAUCAGAGUAAACGGAUCAUCAAAUGCCCCUUCAUUGAUUUCUUUGUUAGGUCGGAUUGAUUUGCAAGAUACUUCAAUUCCAGAAAAUGAGCAGAAGCCAGAGGCUUGAAUCAAAACUUCAUAGUUUUGCUUUUUCUGGGUCCUGUAUUCUAUUGGUGUAGUUACCACAUCACGGUUCAGUUCUUUGCUUUCCACUCUCCCAAACGAUGAUUCUACCCUGGGCAUGAAGCCAAACCUGUGCUGUUAGUAUAUAGUUCCAUAUCCUUCUUGUGAAGUCCAGUCAUUUAUGCUGUUAAGUAACGAAACAAUUUUGGCCCUCUUUUUAUCUUUUGUAUACAUAUAUUUUGAUCGAAUUUGCAAACCAAUUUCUUUAUUUUUUCAAUAGUGUUAUACGUGUUACGUGGAAAA